AUGGAUGAUGGAUCAGCUCAGGACGAAUCAGUUUCGGGAGGUCCCGGACAAGGCUUACCUGUCGCUAGACCAAGUUCACCCAUGCCUUCUGGCUCUGCUAGUCAUCCAUCAGAUCCUUUAAUGCCAGUAGCUGAAAAUUGGUGUCAUACACAAGUAAAAGUAAUAAAGUUUAAUUAUAUGUGGACGAUCAAUAAUUUUUCAUUUUGCCGAGAGGAGAUGGGAGAGGUUCUGAAAUCAUCAACUUUCUCUGCCGGAGCCAACGAUAAGCUUAAGUGGUGCUUGAGAAUCAAUCCAAAGGGUUUGGAUGAGGAAUCAAGAGAUUAUCUUUCUCUUUAUUUAUUACUCGUCCAAUGUAAUAAGAACGAAGUACGAGCCAAGUUCAAGUUUUCUAUCCUUAACGCAAAGCGUGAAGAAACUAAAGCUAUGGAAUCUCAAAGAGCUUAUCGUUUUGUCCAAGGAAAAGAUUGGGGAUUCAAAAAAUUUAUACGACGAGACUUUUUAUUGGAUGAAACUAAUGGCUUACUACCUGAUGAUAGGUUGAGCAUUUUCUGUGAAGUUUCUGUUGUAGCAGAGACGAUAAAUGUCACUGGACAAACCAGUGCAGCACAAUUCAAGGUGCCAUCAUGUCGUUUGAGUGAGGAUUUGGCUAUAUUAUUUGAAAAUCGAACUUUUAGUGACUGUACCCUCGUUGCAGCCAAAUCUCAACCCGAACAAACAUUCCAUGUGCACAAAGCCAUAUUAGCUGCCCGAUCUCCAGUUUUUCAUGCCAUGUUCGAACAUAAAAUGUCAGAGUAUGUGAAAAACGAAGUUACAAUCGAUGAUGUGGAACCAGAGGUUCUGAAAGAAAUGAUUAACUAUAUGUACACUGGAAACUCCCAGAAUGUUGAACAAAUGGCUCAACAUCUCAUCGCCGCGGCUGAUAAAUAUCAAUUGGAUCGUUUGAAGGUCAUGUGUGAACAAUCUCUAUGCUCAGCUUUAACUGCCGACAAUGCUUGCGUCACGUUAGUUCUAGCUGAUCUGUACAAUGCUGAACAACUGAGAAAUCAUGCUAUUAAUUAUAUUAAUGUAAAUGCUACUGAUGUAAUGAAUUCUGAUGGAUGGAAAGAUUUGGUGAAAGAGCAUCCGCCUUUGCUAGCUGAAGUAUUUCGAGCCCUAGCUACGCAACAAACUCCUCCCAUAAUUCUGACUCAACCCCCGAAAAAGAGGAUAAAGCAUUGUACAGGGCCGUAUUAA